AAAAAAAAAAAAAAAAAUUUCCAAAAAAAACUUCCACACAAAUUGCCAUUACUUUCAAUUAGAAGAAUAUGGAUGACCCACUUACCGACAUUCCAAAAAUUAUUCCAAUUAUCCUUGGUUCAAAUCAAAAACUUUUAAGUGAUCAAACGAAAUAUUAUCAUGAAAAUAUUGAAUAUAAAAGUUUUACUCAAUACAUCCCUAGUAAUAAGGAUUCCCUUGAAAAUUUUACUGCUUUAAAUAGGCUUAAUCGUGUUUUCAUCUGGAAUGAUAAAUCUCGAAUUAAUGAUAUCUGGUAUAAUGAAGAAUCUCGUAAAGCAGUUAUUGAAGUAAGUCAAUCUGCACGUCGUGGCAUUUUCUUUUGGGUAGAAAGACGAAAUCGACUUUUUAUUAAAUUAGAUCUUACUUUUGGAAAUGAUGGUAAAUAUAUUAUACGUCGUCAAGAAGAAUUUGUUCAACCAGAAGAUUUUGUUGGAACAUUGAUUCCUGUAAUUGCUCCAACCAUUAUAACAAUACAAAAAAUUAUUAUUAGUUUUAUCAUAAUUGCAUUUGGUCGAUUACUUGGAUUAAUUGGAUGUACUUGAUCCAAAAAGAAUUAUUAUAUAUUUUAUUUUUUUUCCUUGUAAAAAACUUUUUCAAAUUUCUUUAAGGAAUUUGUCAAAGUUUUCCGUACGCAACAAUC